GGUGAGGGUGGGUGCAUUGCCCACGGCUUCCAGAACAAACAAGAAGUUCUAAAAUUGGCUCUGGCUUUAGGAGGAUGUCAGAUCCCUCAGAGCAGCCCCGUGAUGGAGGUGGGCUGAUGCCCAAAGCCAAGAAUGACUGAAUUCCCCUUUCACACUGCUGAGACAUGCAACUUGUGGAGAGAUUCUUCAGAUGAGUCUGACUUCUGUGGUUUCCUGGAGUCUGGUGUCAGGCUAUAAAACCCUGCUGGGAGCAGGAUGAGACCCCAGAAGCUGCUCCACCUCGAAGGGAUCCACAGAAGGCUGUGAUGGAGCACCUGCUGCCCCUCCUGCUGCCCCUCGUGCUGGUGAUGUGCCCCCCAGUCAGCAGCUAUUAUCCCUGGAAGUGGAGGGAGAGAGGAGAAGUCAGGAUGCAGCCUGCUCCCUACGUGGCCUUUCUGCAGGGCAAGGACAACCAGUCCUGUGGAGGCUUCCUGGUGGCUCCUGCCUGGGUGAUGACAGCAGCUCAGUGCCUCGAGCACAAACCUCUGACUGUCAUCCUGGGAGCCCAAACCCUGCAAAGGAGAGAGGAAAGCUGGCAAACCUUCCAGGUGAAGGAGUACCACUGCUACCCAGGCUACACCAGCCCCAAGAAGGGCAAGGACCUCCUUCUGCUGAAGCUGAAUGGCAAUGCCAGCAGCAAUGGCCACGUCAGGCCCAUUUCCUUGGAGAAAUCCAAAAUUCGGGGAGGCACCCAGUGCAGCCUGGUUGGCUGGGGUGACAGGACAGCCACUGUCACCAUCAUCAGCCAGAGGGACUGCCUCAGCCACUACCCAGGCCUUGCUGACAACUUGAUUUGUGGCCACAGCAAAUCCUCCAAGGUACCUGAAAAGGAGGAUGCUGGGGAUCCUCUGGUCUGCAACAACAAAGCCUUUGGCAUCUUCUCCUACAGGCACAACAACUGGCCUGGCUUCUACACACACAUUGCUCCUUACCUCCCCUGGGUGCAGAGUGUCAUGAAGUCCCUGUGACCCUGCUCCCCCUGCAGAGCUCACCCUCAGAGCCCCAUCCUCACCAGCUUUCCUUUCCUUUCCCCCUGGGAACAUCUGCCACUGCUCCUGUGGAUGUGGCAAGGACUUCUCCAUGGCCAGGCUGAGCUCUGCCCGUGCUGGGCUGGCACAGAGGAGGUGCCUUGGCUGGGUUUGUGCCCUUUGUGGCUCCAGCUCUGGAGAGGAGGCAGCAGGACAGCCCCAGGGAGGUGCCAGCAGCUGAGGGGGUGUCUGGAACCCUCGGGGAAGGCUGCACAAGGAGAUCAGAGGGAUGCAAAGAGCAGCCUGUCAUUUGUGGCAUGUCUGGGUGUCCCAAGCCCUGAGCUGCAGGAUUGCCCAGGCUCCAAGGACUUCCAGUGCUUCACUACUGCUGUCCCUACCUCUGAAACCUGCUGCCUCCUUUCUCCCCUCCUCUGUAGCUCCAGUGUUGUAAGAACACAUAAAACCAAUAAAUCUCAUCAGCAUUUGAAAGCC